ACGCUUAAUUAUAAAAGUCACUAUCUUACACAGAAAAUUCUUAAUCUUUGUGUUAUUUACAAAUGUGGCAAAAUAAUUAAAUCAAAACAAUAAACAUUUAUCAAAAUUUUUAUUUCUAUAUCUAGAAAUAUGUAUCAUCUCAUUCUCUUGUCCAUAUUAGCACACCAAAAUCGCCAAUUUAUAAAUUUCUUCAAAUUUAACCAAACCUCCUAAUUCCUAAACAAUCCCAUUUAUUCACCAAUCAACAUACAUCCCCCCAAUGACUAAAAUCAUUGAAAAAGUUCCUCCCUCCACAAAACCUCCCACUAAACCCCCUACACCCACCACCACUAAUGGUCCACCACCUAAACCCGCCACCGUAACCACCGCCGCAACCAAUGUUUCCCAAAAAUUUCCACCGUCUGCUAACGGCAAUCGCCCCUAUCAACGACUAGCCGCCCAUUAUGACGGCUGCCACCAGCCUCAUGGUGGCUCAUGUUGCACAUGCCGUUGUUGCUGCUUAACCAUAAUGUGGACCACCUUCAUUAUCGCCACCCUACUACUACUCACUGCCAUCACCGCCACAGUCUUAUACGUUCUCUACCGCCCUCGGCCACCGUCAUUCUCUCUCUCCUCCCUAAAAAUCACCAAUUUCAACCUCACUUCACCACUCCAAUUCACCUCAAACAUUAACAUCUCAAUCAUUACAAAAAACCCAAAUGAAAAAAUCACAUUUUACUACAAACCCAUUAAUGUAACAAUUCUUGAUUACCAUAAUAAUCAUCAAAACAUUGUGAUUGGCCAAGGCUUAAUCCCUAAAUUUAUACACAAUGGUAAGAACACAACCUCUUUAUUUGGGGUUAUCAAAAACAAUAGUAGCAACACUAAUCCCAUUGAUGAUAUUUCAUUUGGGCAUCUCAAAUUUGAUUUGAAUAAAAAGAAUCAUGGAAGGUUGAAUUUGAAGGUGGAAAUGGAAACAUAUUUGAAAGUGAAAAUUGGGGAUAAAUUAAAGAGUAAUUGGUUUAAAUUAAGAACUUCAUGUAAUGGGAUUAAGGCUUUUGCUUAUAAUGGGAAAUUGAAUGGUAAGGUUGAUAUUGAUGGUGCUAAAUGUAAGGUUUAUUUGAUCAUCAAAUGUUUUGAGUGGGAUAUUUCAAUUUGAUUUGAGUAUAUUGUUUCUGAUUUAAAAUAGUUUCUACACUUUUUAUGCACUGAAUCAAUAACUACUUGUAACUAUCAAUUUAUAUUGUUUUACUUUUAUUAUUCUUUAUAGUCAAG